AAAAAAAAAAAAAAAAAAAAAGAAGACGACGGUAUUGAACACUUCCGUUUUCAGUGGCGUUCGAUGAUGUGACUCGAUACGGAGGUUUUCACGAUACCAGCGACCUAUUAAAAGCCGCAGGUCACAGCUACAUUGUCAGUUGACCCCCGAGGAGGAAGGAAUGUCACCUCUAGUUGGAGCUGAGUUGAUCCAGACACCAGUGCAGCUCUAUCGUUAUCUCCUCAGAUGUUGCAGACAAUUGCCAACCACAGCAAUGAAGAAGCACUAUCUACAUGCCAUAAGACAGGGUUACAACAGUCACUCAGAUGAAGGUGACCCAGAGAGGAUACAAAUGAUAAUCCAAAGAGCAAUAGCAGAUGCUGACUGGAUUCUAGAUAAAUACACCAAGAAGAAGUGAGGUUCAUAAGAAACAAGGGCAUCCCAUGCUGUGCUGCAUUUUGCAGUGCUGCACCUGACAUGGUUCAGUUUUGGAUGUAAUGUUUUAUAGGUCUCUGUCUUCCGUGUCUCUGCUUUUUCAGUACCUGUUCUGAAUUUUGUCAGUGACAGAGCAUGACACGAUGUGGGUGAACGAUGAAGUAACAUUUGAGGAACAAAUCUCACAAGUCAGACUAUAUAAAAUCACUGCUCAAUUCAAUAAAAAUAUUAAAGUGUAAAUACUGUUCUUAGACUGAAGCUUGUUGACCAUGUACUGUUGAUCUUUUUUAAUAAAGCAGUUCUCAAUAA